AUGUCCUCCCGAUUCCCCCCAUCGUCUGGGUUCAAUUCCCGUGACCGUUCUCCGCAGCGAUUUGGAGACCGUCGCCCCCCGGUCGGUCCUCGCGGUCCUGACGACGGACCUGCACCAUUUGGUAGAGAUCCACCGCGUGGUCCUCGGGCCCUUGUUGAUUCCCCUCGGGGUGGCCAUUUUGGUGGUCGUGGCAGGGGUUAUGGCCGUGGUGACUUUCGUGACCGUGACCGAGACCCACGAGACCGCGACCGAGAUCGCGAAUUUCGAGAUAACCGUGAUGGCCCGCCGUUUCGCCGAGAUAUGGACCGCGACUGGGUUCGCCGUGACCGCGAUUUCGAUCCCCGAGACAAUCGGAUUGGCUUUGGCCGAGGCCGCUCAAGAUCACCGACGCGCGACUUUCGAGAUAUAAGGGAGCCCCCUGGCCGCGAUUUUGAUCUGGCUCGGAUGCGACGCAACUCGAGGGACAGUAUCAUAUCCGCGUCUUCGGGAGGGCCAGAAGGUCCCCCUCCUAAUGGUGGCCAUAUACACCGAGGAGGCAUGCGAGGGCGUGGUCGCGGAGAUUGGGAAGGAGGCCGCGGUCGUGGUCGUCCACCAUUCCUCGAUGAUCGUGAUCUUUUCCGUCGCCGUAGUCGAUCUCGCGAACCGUGGCGUGGACGUGAUCGGAUGAUGGAUCGCGAUAGAGAUCGAGACAUGGACCGGGAUCGUGUAUUAGAUCGCGAUCGGAUGAUGGACCGAGAUCGUGACCGAGACCUUCCACGUCCAAGAGAUCGAGAUCGAGAAUUAGAUCGCGACUUAGACCGUCGAGAUCGCUUUGACCGUCGAGAAGAUUGGGACAACCGACGACCUGAUCGCGAGGACCGUGAUCGCCCCGUGGACUUUUGGAAACGAGACCGCCCCCCAAGUCGUGCAGAUAGCCGCGCAGCCAGCGGCUCAACCACUUCCUCACAUCCUCCUACAGCAUCCGGCCCUGGACCUGGACCAGCCCUAGCAGAUCGCUUGUUUGAACAUUCCCAAGUGGAUCAUGGUCGGAAAUCUUCAACCAUUCCUAGCACUGCGGCUCUGGAACCUACGCGAGAUUUUGAGCGAAACGACCCUGUCGCUGUUCGAGCUAGUGCCGUUCGCCCGGAUGCUGUUCGCCCUGAUGCUGUUCGCCCAGAUGCUGUUCGCUCUGAUGCUGUUCGCUCUGAUGCUGUUCGCUCUGAUGCUGUUCGCUCUGAUGCUGUUCGCUCUGAUGUUGUUCCCCCAGAUGCUGUUCGCCCAGAUGCUCCCCAAGUGGAUGCUCCUGGGCUGGAUGCGAAUUUCCCCGAUCGUGUUCCACCGGACCCUCAACCGGAUGCUAUUGGGAUGGAUGCUGCGAAGAACCCUGGACCUAUGAUUCGGAACUCACCGCCUCAAGCUGCCCCCCAGGUGCCCGCCUUUGGCUCGGUGACUGCCCCCAUCGCGGAUGCUUCCUCAAAUAAAGAUUCCUCAGACCAACGCACGACGCCCAUUUCUACUUUCCCCACAGAGAGAGACCGCUAUGAAAUCCUCCAACGACAAACACCCCAACCUCCUACAGGACCCAAGGCAGAAAGGACUGAGAUUACACAGCCUCUUGAGCCUCGCAGCCGCCUCGAAGGAUCCCGGGAGGCGGGCAAGCAGCAAGUUGCGCCUCCUCGGCUCUCUAAACCGUCUAUCAAUUUCUCUGAUGUAUCACCACCCACCGCUCCAGCUGCCAUGACUCGACCAGAUUCGGGGGUUGGACCCAACGAAGGGUUUGGGGUCGGCAGGUCGAACUCACUUACCUCUUCCCCUACUUUUUCACGAAUUCCACCGCCUGCCCCACGCGCAUUAUCCCGUGAGCCCUCGAUGUCGCCUCGAAUGCAAUCGUCUGGCAUUCCAACCGGCCCUCGAGCAUUCCAAUGGAAAGCUCCCUCCCCUCGUGGCCGUAAAGGCAGCAAGCAAUGGGUGCGACCUGGCUACGGCCGAACACCUUCUAUUCCUAAUGCGCUACCAAAACAAGAGCCUAUCGAUGACAGCGAAGGUGUUUCCCCUGCCAAUGAAGCCACGCGGUCUCUAUUACCACACGAAGUAGACGAGCCUGAGAGUGGCGAGAUUCUGCCCAAUGAACCUCUAAGGGAACCCUCGCCUAUUUUCCCAUCAUUGAACCCUCCACUCCGCCGUAGUUUAUCGGCUGUCGACAUUCAAACAAGCGAUGUUAAUGAACCCUCUGAGCAGACCAGCACUGGUAAAACCGCCUUGAUACCAGACUUUCAAGGUUCAAGUGACGAGGAAGAUGGGGAGAACAUUGUUUUCACUCAGGAGUAUUUGGAUGAAAGAAAGCAGAUAUUUGAAAAGGAUAUGGAGUCACUCCGAGCAGAAUUGCCUCCAUUGCCUUUGGAAGAUUCAGCCAUCGUCGCUCUUUUGCUUAAAGUCCAGCUACUUGGCAUGGUAGCCAACGAACAGACAGUUGGACGUUCCCCUGAACCACUUGCCGAACAAGUUUUAGAACGACCAGUGGAUCCUUUGCCUUCGGUGGAGGAUGAAGAGUCAGCCAAUCAUCCAAGCACUGAACGAGUGGUCUCUUUUGCCUCCACACUACCCGAGCGUGAACCAGAGCCAAUCGCAGAAACUGUCAUCCCCCCCGUGGUACCUGCUGAUGAGGUUACUGUCGAAAGUCUUCCAUUCUUGCACUUAGGUCCUCCAACACCGAUUUCAGACAUGGAUGUAUACCAUGAGAACAUUGCAACCCAAAAGAGCCUCAGAGACACGUUCAGGACAGAACUUUCAAAGGUGCAAGCGGAGGUUUUCAGGAAAAAUGCACUCCUUAGGGAUGAGUACGUAUCUCACUACAAGCUCUGGCGAAUGGCCAUUUGGGAGCUCGAUCGUAUGAAGGACAAAAAGUCCGUGACCCCUGGUCCAGCUUCUCCUCCAGUGUCUACGGUUCCAACUACCCCGGCACCCAUACCGGAAGGCCGUGAAGGCCGUCGGUACAAAGGGAAUAGCGAGCUUGAUUUUCUCAAUGCUUUGAAGGCCUCAGAAAUUUCUGCCCAAGAAGAGCUUGAACGUCGACGAAUCAAGAUGGCUACUGCUCGACCUGAUUUGGGCCGUGAAGCGAUCAUUCCCAAUAUGCUCGAACCGCGGGAGGCAAAGGCUCGCAUCUACAAAGAUGUGAACAACACCAUUGAGUGUAGUAGGGCUCUGGAUGUUUUUGGCUUUGUGCCGCCCCCUAAUGACUUCACCCCGGAGGAGCAUAUAACAUUUACGGACGCCUUCAUGGCCCAUCCAAAACGGUGGGGUAAGAUUGCCGAAUCCUUGCCCGGUCGAAAUUUCCAGCACUGUAUAGUACACUAUUAUCUCACCAAGGAGGAGAUCAAGUACAAAGCCAAGCUCAACAAACGCUGGAGUAAGCGGGGCAAGGGGACUCGAAAGGGUCCACGGCCGAAGUCCAACGCCCUCAUCGCAGACUUGGGUGUGGUGAAACCUGACUUUGUUGGCGAGGAUGAGCCACCAGCUGUCACAGACACUGGUCGUCCACGACGUGCGGCCGCGCCCACCUUUGGUGAUUCCACUGAGGUAGAAAGCGCGCCGGUUGGCCGUCGGGGCCAGCUUGGCAAGGACGGCGAACCAGUUGAAAGAUCAUCGACUCGGCGUGGCGGACGGGGCGGAGGUACUCGCGGUGGACGGCGUGUCAAGACUGCUACUCAACCGGACUCGAAGGCCCAGGUAACAAUUCCACAGGGAAAUCUGCCCCCAAUCGUACCGCCAGCACCACUUCAUCCUGGAAGCGAGAUGGAAGUGGCCACAGAUCACAUCUUGGAAGGGUAUGAGGCUAGAGAACGAGAGCGUUCCGAAAAAGAAUCCUUGCCGCCAAUUCCGCGAGGCAGGGUGGGACGCGGGCGAGCGAAAGAAGGAGUUUAUGUCUUUGAGUCUACUGAAGUUGAACCGCCUCUGGCAACAAAACAGCUUGAGACGGGGUAUGGCUCCUUGCAACCAACGAGUUACUGGUCUGUACCGGAGCAGCGCGACUUCCCAGCUUUGCUGGGGCAUUUUGGUCGUGAUUUUGAGGGUAUCUCGGCCUGGAUGAAGACCAAGACAACGGUGAUGGUCAAAAACUUCUAUCAACGCCGCCUGGACUCGGGCCAGAAAGACUUUGAGUCGAUACUAACAGAUGCAGAGGAGAAGAAGGCUCGGGGUGAGGCCACAGGGCCGCUUCCUGUUCCAAGUGUUGCACCAAAGCGACGAUACGAGGCAACUCCGUCGUCUAUUAUCCCUCGUCCACUUGCCCCACAUGGGGAUCCUAUGGCCGAGGUCGAUGAAAUACGAUUCCCUAAAGGCAAACCUGUUGGUCUCUCGCCGCAGCCCAUGUCCCUGCAUGGACGACCUCCGUCUGACAAGGACCGGAAUGUCGGUCGUUACCAGCCACUCGCGCAAGCUUCCGCUGCUUCACCAGUACCCUCUACCGCAACUCUAAUCGAAGAGUCCACUCGGGCAAUUCGCGCCCAAGGGGGACCAUCCCACCGCAUUCAGGGCCCGCGCCUUGGGUAUUUUACAGAGGAUAGGCGAGACUCUUCGGCAUUGCCCCACGCCACUUCUCUUGCGCAAGAUCUACCGAUGUCUUCGCGCCAUUCUGGCCCGAUACCACCGGAUAUGGCACGAAUGGAACCAUUAUCCGCACAGGCCUAUAUGCCCGCACAGCAGCAAACUUCUCUCCUUUCAUCGACCCACUCACGUCAUCCCAGCUUAACACAACCCCCUGGCUCGCCAACCCAGCAGCUUAGACCAGAAGCCGACAUCUCGUCUGUUCAUCGCGACCCCUUUGCCCAAAGACCCUAUUACUCGCUCGCAGGUCAACCCAUGGGUCUAGCCCAAUCGCCUCGCCCUGGUUUGUCGCCAGUGAAGGAUGUCCCUCGCCCGAGUGCUACUCCUGCCCCCGACGCAACUCGUCAGGUGCCUGCCAAACGGUCCAACAUCAUGAGCAUCCUCAAUGAUGAACCCGAAGAGCCUCAGCCCCGCAAACGAUUUGCCAGCGAGCAGGCUCCAUCUGCACCCGGCGCAACCACAGGCAUAAACCCAAGGCCUGUAUACCAGGCGGGCGGACCCUCUCGCCAUGAAGACUCUAUUAUGUCAGGUAUGCCGCAAAAGCCUUCUGGUUACGCCCAGCAAAGCCAAUAUCAGCCAUCAUCUCGCGGGUACUCGGAGUAUCCUGGCUAUGGACCCCCUCAUGGUGGCUCGGGCACGUCGGCGAAUAAUGACUGGAUGGCACGGUUUGAUCCACGGGCGCAACAAACUCCACCGCAGCCUCAAGCUCAAUCACUGCCACCACAGCAGCAGCAGCAGCAGCAGCAGCAGCAAAGCGGCCGUCAGGGUUCCUAUUCAUCUUACGCAGCAACCCCGAGUCAAUCUUCCUUGACGAAUCUUCCCGCGCCAUCCCCAGCGCCGACUCCCCCGCCAACAAAUGCCUCCCAACGCUCAGCUUAUCCCAACGUUUUCUCGCAAGCCUCCUCUACUCAACAACCCAUGGCUUCUGGCCCCCGAGAUAUGGCCUCGCAACCGGCCUCCUAUCGACAAGGGUCACCUGGCCCGCGUUCUAGCAUGGCGUAUGCAUCGCGACAAGAUCCACCAACGCCAGCGCAGUCUUCGGCUAGCCUGUAUGGUAUGCAUCCGCGCCAGUCCGCAACGCCAAAUUCAGUACAGCCACACAGCUAUCAACAACAUGUGCAAACAAUGGUCAGUGGAUCGCAUCAGCCGCAAUCCCACCGCUCAACACCUGUCAACUUACCCGGUGCUUCUUCGCAGUACGGGCACAACACCCCUCCUCCCCAGCCACAGGCUGGCCGGUCAAUGGCAUCGCUGGCGAGCCUCGGUCGCUCAUUCACUCCUCCAUCGGCUCUACACCCCUCUAUGAGCGGCGGCACUAUGGGCAGCUAUCACCCUCCUCAGUCAUCCGCGUCUGGAUCGAUACCGCCACUCCACCAACGACCUUCAGGGUCGCUUGGUGACACUGUCUCCACGCCGACACACCAGCGUGUCUACAGCCAUGGGUCAGCUCAAGGCGGACUACCGCCGCCUUCGCAACCGCCUCGCUAG